GUCAACGUCAGUAAAUAAGGCCGACUAUGAUUGAACGGAAUGUUUCAGAUUUAAAAAGUAAAACUUCUUGUUGAUAUAGUUAUUUAACAUAGAAUUAAUGAAUUUAGUUAACAAUCGUAAUUCAGUUUAUCUGUAACGAUUGGCGAGUAUAUUAUGCAUCAUUUGCGGCGAUAACAAUGGAACAACUUUACCUACAAACAACUCAAUUAAUACAAGAAACUACAGAUUUGUUUCAUAAAUUGGAGAGAGAUCCUUCGGAAAAUAUUGAAAAUGCAAUUCAAUCGAAGAUUAAUGCAGUUAAUGCGAACUGUGAAAAGUUGGACAUACUUGUGUUCAAAACACCAAUUAAUCAAAGGCCUACAGCAAAAAUGAGGGUCGACCAGUUGAAAUAUGACAAUAAGCAUAUACAGGCUUCUCUACUAAAUGCUCAAAACAAGAGGCGUAGACGACAGCAGGAACAAGAAGACAGAGAGCAGUUGCUGAGCAGAAGAUUUGGUCAUGACCAUACCGCUAUCAAUGUGGACUUCUUAGGACAGGAACAUAAUUCAUUGCAGAGUUCUCAUCAACAUGUUGACGAAAUGCUUCAUACCGGUUCGAACAUUUUGCAGACUCUAAGGUACAACAGGGAUACUUUGAAAGGUGCUCAUAGAAGGCUAAUAGACUUGGCGAAUACUCUCGGCCUGUCUAAUGCAACAAUAUCCCUAAUAGAGAGAAGAGUUUCUCAAGACAAAUAUAUACUGUUUGGAGGCAUGUUUGUUACCGUGACUGUGAUCGUUCUCGUUAUAUUCUUUUGGUUAUAA